ACAUGAACUGAUUUAUAGUGGUUAAGUUUUAUUUUCCACUUUUCAGCCCAAGCGAUAAUGUCAUUGACAGAAGACUGCAGACGCCUGGCUGCUGUUAGUUCAUCAUCUCCAAUCGCUAGAACAGCUGUAUCGUCAGCGAACGUCGCUGUAAACGUCGCUGAGCUCAUUGGCAAAUCAUUUGUGUAUAUUAAAUAUAACAAAGGACCAAGUACACUGCCUUGGGGUACCCCAGCGUUGAUUUUUUGGAGUUCACUGUAAUCGUUUCCAUGCUUAACACGGAAGUAACGAUUAGUCAAAUAAGAAGAAACCAUAUCGAAAUACUCCAACGGAAAAAUGUCUCUUAUUUUUGUUAGUAGACCUGUAUGCCAAACUUUGUCGAAAGCCUGGGAUACGUCUAAUUUUGAGAAACCAACAGCCCAAAUAUAUUAUAAAAAACUAUUAGAAGUGACAAAAAUUGAUACAACGUGGGACUUAGUAAGAUUUAAGAUGAGAUAUUUUAAGCAAAGUUUUGUUAAGGCAAACAAUUGGCGCAAGUCUACUGGCGCCGGCUUGCUAGAUGACGAAGAAGUCACAUCUAUAAAAGAUAAGGUAAAAUUGAUGUGUCCAUAUUAUGACCAAUUGUCGGAAAUAUUUGGUGAGAAAGCUUGGAGCAACAAAAUUGUUUUACAAUCUUCUGCUAUGGUAUGCGACAAGGAGAUGUCAGUGUAAGAACUGAAUAGUACCAGCGAACGAGCAGGCGUUGAAAUAGCGAACAGCGAAGAAGCAACACCAUUUAGCACGAUAUUUGAUGCAGAUAUACUGACAGAAAAUACUGUGUAACAGAUCACUACUAACAGAAGCGAGGUUAACACACAAAAAAAAAACUACACCAGGGAGGAUUCGUUUCGAAAACAAUUUAAGACGUAAUAAACAAACAUCCGCCAUUCAGGAACUAAACGAUAUUGAACGCAAACGAGAGGAGUUCCAAAAUCGGAAGCUUCAACUUGAAGUAGAAAAAUUCGAGUUUCACAAAGAAUUGGAACUAAAAAAAUUGCGCAUGAAGGAGGAUAAGAUAAACAUGAGAUUCAGGCUAAAAGAGGAGAAGUUAAAGCAAAAAGAGAAAUUGGCGAUAUAUGAACUGGAUUUAAAAUAUGGCAAAGCGAACGAUAGCUAAUAUUUCAAUUUUAUUUUGUCCUAACUAA